AUGACGGGAAUUGCGUGCGGACUUCGCGAAAUCCUGAGCUACUGGCAGGGCCAGCAUCAUGUCAACUUGGGGGAGGAGGAUAUGCAAACCCAGAAGAAGCCCAAAGCAGCAGAGAGGAGAGUCUCACAGCUGAGCAUCGAGGAGAAGGAAAGUGAAGGGCCCAAGUUCGAUCAGUCAGUCUGGGUGGGAUGGGACGAGAUGGAAGGAGACAAGGAUGCGAGCGCUUCUGGCAAGGUGACAUCUCGUUGGACGUUGGCAUCCUUUACGGACGACCCCCGAUUCCGUACCAAUCAUCGUGGCGGCGACGUGAUCAUGAAAACGUCUGACAUCCCUGUGUUCGCUUCCGGGUUCGGCAUGAACAUCGGACCAAGUAUUUCAGGUCAUUGUCAGUGGCAGUUUGAAGUCAUUCACAGGGACGGCAACAUGUACAUCGGUUUGAUUCUUGCAGAGAGACUGGCAGACGAGCUCGAUCGAAGGUGGGAUACCAAGUGCUUCUUCGAUCACGCCUUCUUCUGGUCUUCUCCCUCCGGGCUCCUGAUGAACGGUCCGCAUGUCAUCAAAACUCUUCCGACGGACAAAGUUCCUUUCUCGCGCUUCAACAUGGGGGAUGUUGUCACCGUUGACCUCAAGCUGGACGACCGAGAGCUGGGGGCGGUGGUGAUGCGAGUGACGAGUGAAGGAAGCACGUUUCCGGGGGAGAACAAGGCUCUGCCCGACUUGUACCUCGACGGGAAGAUCUUGCGUCCGCAAGGAUUCAACAAGAAGGAAAACACUUUCUGGUUACAGCUGGAGGGAAAGCUCACGGGUCAAGUCACGUUCAAGUUGAAUGAUGCCUACGCCGGAGUUAUCCGCGGAGUGCCGUCAGAUGUGCGGCUCAAGGGUUUCUGGUCAGCGAGAGACCAGAAGAUCAUCGAUGAGGUUCGCAAGAACCUCGAGAACUUGUACGACGCGAUGAAUCAGGUCGAGCUGAUGAACUUCGUCGCGACAUCUCAGCGGGGACUCACCGACUGGGUUGACAUCUGUGACGAAAACGCUCUGAGUCACGGAGCACGAGCAGACAAUCUUGAAAGCGUUGCGAAGAAUGAGAUAUGA